CCGGUCCUUCAGCGUCCGCUUCCGUCGGCACUAGGACCCAGGGAAGUCCCUGAGCGAGGUUCGCGGAAAGGCAGCCAGACUCCUCCUUAUCUCCAGUGUCAAACUUGACAUCAGCCUGCGAGCGGAGCAUGGUAACUUCUCCAGCAAUCAGAGCGCUCCCCCUCACAUCAGUGGCACGCUUCAUGGAGAUAUGCUCCUCUCACUGCCCUCUGCACCAGCAACAUGGACUGUCACCUCUCCAUCCUCCUCCUCCUCCUCCUCAGCAGCUCUGUUCCCAACUGCUUCGGGGAACUGACUCUCCCGCCGUCCAAUGAAGUCAAUCUGCUGGAUUCCAAAACGAUUCAAGGGGAGCUGGGCUGGAUCUCUAGUCCAUCACAUGGGUGGGAAGAAAUCAGUGGUGUUGAUGAGCAUUACACACCCAUCAGGACUUACCAGGUGUGCAAUGUAAUGGAACAUAGUCAAAAUAAUUGGCUGAGGACCAACUGGGUCCCCAGGAACUCAGCUCAGAAGAUCUAUGUGGAACUCAAGUUCACUCUACGAGACUGUAAUAGCAUCCCGUUCGUUUUGGGAACCUGCAAGGAGACUUUCAACCUGUACUACAUGGAGUCUGAUGACGAUCAUGGGGUCAAGUUCCGAGAGCAUCAGUUUACAAAGAUUGACACCAUUGCAGCUGAUGAAAGUUUCACGCAAAUGGAUCUUGGGGACCGUAUUCUUAAACUCAACACUGAAGUUAGAGAAGUAGGCCCUGUCAACAAAAAGGGAUUUUACUUGGCUUUUCAAGAUGUUGGAGCUUGUGUUGCCUUGGUGUCCGUGAGAGUGUACUUCAAAAAGUGCCCAUUUAUAGUGAAGAAUCUGGCCAUGUUUCCAGACACAGUACCGAUGGAUUCUCAGUCCCUGGUGGAGGUUAGAGGUUCUUGUGUUAACAAUUCAAAGGAGGAUGAUCCUCCUAGGAUGUACUGCAGUACAGAAGGUGAAUGGCUUGUACCCAUCGGCAAGUGCUCAUGCAAUGCUGGCUACGAAGAAAGGGGUUUUAUGUGCUUAGCUUGUCCACCCGGUUUCUACAAGGCUGCGGACGGUAACACGAAGUGUGCUAAGUGCCCACCUCACAGUUCUACUCAGGAAGAUGGUUCAAUGAACUGCAGGUGUGAGAAUAAUUACUUCCGAGCAGACAAAGACCCUCCAUCCAUGGCUUGUACCCGACCUCCAUCUGCACCAAGAAAUGUUAUCUCUAAUAUAAACGAGACCUCGGUUAUCCUCGACUGGAGUUGGCCCCUGGACACAGGAGGCCGGAAAGAUGUUACCUUCAACAUCAUAUGUAAAAAAUGUGGGUGGAAUGUAAAACAGUGUGAGCCAUGCAGCCCAAAUGUUCGCUUCCUCCCUCGACAGUUUGGACUCACCAACACCACGGUGACAGUGACAGAUCUCCUGGCACACACUAACUACACCUUUGAAAUCGAUGCCAUUAACGGGGUGUCAGAGCUGAGCUCACCACCACGACAGUUUGCUGCAGUCAGCAUCACAACGAAUCAGGCUGCUCCAUCACCUGUCAUGACCAUUAAGAAGGAUCGGACAUCCGGAAACAGCAUCUCUUUAUCCUGGCAAGAACCCGAACACCCUAAUGGGAUCAUAUUGGACUACGAGGUCAAAUAUUAUGAAAAGCAGGAGCAAGAGACAAGUUAUACCAUUCUGAGGGCAAGAGGCACAAAUGUUACCAUCAACAGCCUCAAGCCUGACACUACUUACGUAUUCCAAAUCCGAGCCCGGACAGCAGCUGGAUAUGGGACCAACAGUCGCAAGUUUGAGUUUGAAACGAGUCCAGACUCUUUCUCUAUCUCUGGUGAAAAUAGCCAAGUAGUAAUGAUUGCCAUUUCAGCAGCGGUAGCAAUUAUUCUCCUCACAGUCGUCACCUACGUUUUGAUUGGAAGGUUCUGUGGCUAUAACAAGUCAAAACAUGGUACAGAUGAAAAAAGACUUCAUUUUGGGAAUGGACAUUUAAAACUUCCAGGUCUCAGAACUUACGUUGAUCCACAUACAUACGAAGACCCUACUCAAGCAGUUCAUGAGUUUGCUAAGGAAUUGGAUGCCACCAACAUAUCCAUUGACAAAGUUGUUGGAGCAGGUGAAUUUGGAGAGGUGUGCAGUGGUCGCUUAAAACUCCCAUCAAAAAAAGAGAUUUCAGUGGCCAUCAAGACCUUGAAAGUGGGCUACACUGAAAAGCAAAGGAGAGACUUCCUGGGAGAAGCAAGCAUUAUGGGACAAUUUGACCAUCCCAAUAUCAUUAGGCUGGAGGGAGUUGUCACUAAAAGUAAACCAGUUAUGAUUGUCACGGAAUACAUGGAGAAUGGUUCCUUGGACAGUUUCUUACGUAAACAUGAUGCCCAGUUCACAGUCAUCCAGCUAGUGGGGAUGCUUCGGGGAAUAGCAUCUGGCAUGAAGUACCUCUCAGACAUGGGCUAUGUUCACCGAGACCUUGCUGCUCGGAACAUCUUGAUCAACAGCAAUUUGGUGUGUAAGGUUUCUGAUUUUGGACUUUCACGUGUUCUAGAAGAUGACCCAGAAGCUGCUUAUACAACAAGAGGAGGAAAGAUUCCCAUCCGGUGGACAUCACCAGAAGCUAUAGCCUAUCGCAAAUUCACGUCAGCCAGCGAUGUAUGGAGUUAUGGCAUUGUUCUCUGGGAGGUGAUGUCCUAUGGAGAGAGGCCAUACUGGGAGAUGUCCAAUCAGGAUGUAAUUAAAGCUGUGGACGAGGGCUAUCGACUGCCACCCCCCAUGGACUGCCCGGCUGCGUUGUAUCAGCUGAUGCUGGACUGCUGGCAGAAAGACAGAAACAACAGACCCAAGUUUGAGCAGAUUGUCAGCAUUCUGGACAAGCUCAUCCGGAACCCAGGCAGCCUGAAGAUCAUCACCAGUGCAGCAGCAAGGCCAUCAAACCUUCUUCUGGACCAAAGCAAUGUUGACAUCACUACCUUCCGCACAACAAGUGACUGGCUUAAUGGUGUUCGAACAGCACAGUGCAAAGAAAUCUUCACAGGCGUGGAAUACAGUUCUUGUGACACCAUAGCCAAGAUUUCUACAGAUGACAUGAAAAAGGUUGGUGUCACUGUGGUUGGGCCACAGAAGAAGAUCAUCAGUAGCAUUAAAGCUCUAGAAACACAAUCAAAGAAUAGUCCAGUUCCAGUGUAAAAGGCUAUUUCUCAAAGGAAGUGGUGGCUGUGGAAGAUGUAGCAUCACUCUGCAGACAGAUGAUAAUGCGGGAGAUACUGGUGGAAGUUUCAAGCCCUAUAAGACACUCAUGUAUGAGUACAAAUGCCUUAAAAUGGAAUUAAAAAAACUCUUUAUUUUCCCAUAUCAUUUAGUGGAUUGGUGGGUGGGUGUUAUUUUGUUUUGCAAUUGAUUUUUUAUAUUAGUUGAUGGAUGAAAUUAAAAUUCUUCAGCAUGAAAUGAUGAAGAGCUAGCCUAGAGCCAUGGAUCAUAUACUGACUAUUAUAAAAGCAAAACAAGUGAAAUAACAAAAUGAACAUAAUGGCUCUGUUCACUACUAGCCACAAAGGAAAAGACUUGUGAUAUUUUUCUACACAGAAGAAAUCUGUAACAGGUAUUUUUUUUCUUUAGAAGCAAGAAAAACAGAGGAAUUUAUACCUCAAACUAUCUGGCCAUAUUUACUACCUUUUCAUUGUAUUAUUCUCUUUUAUCUGUUAAAAAGCAUAUAAAGUUUGUAGCUGUUUUAAGUACCAUACAUUUAUAAUUAUUAGCUUUGUUAAGUAUUAUCAUGUAAAAUGUGUCUUAAUUUUGAAGAAAAGUACAUAUUUAUUUUCUUUCUAAUUGUUUUUAUUGUUUUCUAUUUAUGCCUCAAUGAUUUAAUUUGGAUUUGUUACAGCCAAGUGCCAAAUGCUCUCCCAAAUUGUCAGCAGUAGGAAACAUGGAAAACUAAACAUAGGGAAUGAUGGGUUUCUUUCCAGAUUUUCAAAACAUCCAUGUAUAUAUAGAAACCAAAUCAAUUCCCCUGUUCAUUCACUAACCAAAUCUCUCACAGUCAGAAUUAUCUCACAUAUUUUUGUCUCUCCAUUUAGUAUAAACUAUAUGCUCCUAAUUUAGUGUAAUAUACUGGCUUGUAAGUAAUGGAUUCUCAAUGGCAUACCUGCCCUAUUCUGGUGUUUAGGAAACCAUUCAUUGGUAAAGAAGCUAAGUUAGAGCUCCUAAAUAGAGAAUAGCUACACUGUAAAUAAUUGGAAUCCUAUUUCAAUUGCUGCAUUAAUUGGCAACACAGCCUGUUGGCCAAUGCAUAAGUAAAAAGCAAUCACUUUCUGGCAGGCUCUGAAAUGUCACUCAAUAUCUUAGCUUAUAAUUGCUGAGCUGUUUUUAGCUAAUGAUUAUAACUAAACUACUCAUCUGAAUCAUGGGAGUUUAGUUUAAUUAAUUAAACUUUGUAAUAAUCUAUAGCAGGUAUUGUUAUCUUAAAGAGUCUUUCACUGAAAUGCACCUGUUGUAAUGUUAGUGUAUAAAUUAGAAGCAUUAAAUUACUUUACAUAAACAGUUUUAUUUUUGAAAUACAUAAAAUGGUUAUCUAGCAAAUGAUUCAAAAUCUGUAGGCAGUGGAGAGAUCUCUCAUUGUGGGAACUUAGACUUACUAUUUCAUAAAGGUCAAAUAUGAGCAUAAUCAGUAAUAUUUGAAAAGCUGUACCUGGUACAGAUCUAGCCACUAAAACAUUGUAGCUCUAUCUAUAUCUUCUAAUGCUGAUAUGAUCAUUUCAUGAGGAUAAUAAAUGCAUAUGUCAUAAGAAUACAAUGGAUAAAACAAUACUGCAAACUUUAUGUUUUUAUGCUAAAUGGAACAUUAUGUAGCUUACAAUCAGAUCAAAAUUCACAAGUGCUAAUAUGUUGUAAGUUUACUGUAAUAAGGCUUAGGUUGUGAUCCUUCACAUAUGAGAUUAUUUCUUAAAUUUGGCAAAAAUCCUUACAGUCAAAUCAUCCAACUAGAAUUUUAUAUUGGAUAUAUAAGAGCAUGAAUUUUUAUAAAGUUAUAUGCAAUGAUAACAUUAAUUACAAAUUUAACUUAAGCCUAGAAGCAGCUAAAACCAUUUUUAAUCAAAAUUUUGAGUUGUGGAAUGUUAGACUAAAACCUAAUUCUGGCUUUAAUCUCAUUUUAUCCCAGACUAGCAUUUACUUUUGUAUUCUGAGCAUACUCAACGAAAUCUGUGCAUUUCAUGAUAGAAGUUGAGGAUUGUUAUUUUGGCAAUGGUUUCCAUUUGAAAGUAGAAGUCAUAUACACAGUAUAUUGCUCUUCAUUUUGUUCACUAUUUUUCUACCCGACCUCUUAUACAUUUACUUUACACAAUUCUUAUCCUGUACAUAUGUAAACAUAACAGUGUACGAUUCUUAACUGUGCAGUAGAGGUACUAGAUGCUGAUGGCCAUCUCUUUGUACAAGAACUGCAUUGACUUUCCAUAAACAUGAAACCAUAUCUCCAUACAAUGGUAUGUACCAUAUUAUCUGUUUUGUAUCGUAAACUUGAUUUACAUAUAUUAUUUAUUUCUGGUACCUUGCCCAGAUUAUGCUGUACUAAGUAUCAACAAAACCAUGUAUAAAUGUGAUAUGAUUGAAAAUAUGUAUUUACUUUAAACUUGUCUUUUCAAAACAUUACUCAUUUAGUUUAUGUUGUACAAUGUAGAUGGCCUCUUACUAAUGUAAAAUGAUUUGUAGUGGGAACAUUUAUAUUUUUAUAAUAAACAUAAUGAAAAUAUUUUUUACAGAUUG